AUGGUUGACUCAACAGAAUCGAAUGCUUUAGAAAAAUCAAGCAGAGUUAAAAGCAUUCAAGGAUGUAUAUCAGAGAACCUUUCCCUAACAGUGGCUUCAUCGCAACCCCAAUUCUUUGAUCCGCAACCGGCUAAAAUUAAAACAAUUCAAGUCUUUCGAUGGAAUCCAGAUAAGCCAGAAAUUAAGCCACAUAUUCAAACAUUUAAAUUCGACAUGUAUUGGUUGAUUCGGCAAUCUCCCAUGGUUCUGACGGCACUUAUCAUAAUAAAAGAGAAAUUGGAUGGUUCUUUGGCAUUUAGACGUUCUUGCCGUGAAGGUAUUUGUGGUUCAUGUGGCAUGAAUAUAAAUGGAGUUAACACUUUAGCUUGUACUUGCAGAGUGGAUGAUAACCUGUCGAAAACUAUAAAAGUCUACCCUUUGCCCCAUAUGUAUGUUCUUAAGGAUCUCGUUCCAGACAUGACACAUUUCUACAAUCAAUAUCGAAUGAUUCGACCAUGGUUAAUUACAAAGUAA